AAUUAGCAUCAGCGAGGGGAGCUCAAGCUAGCCUGAGAGACUUCGAGAGACCUUGUCUCAGAAGGAAAAAGAAGGGAACCGGCUGUGCAGCCGAGGUGUAGAGCUUCCCGGUGAGGGGUGAAGCCCUGGGUUCACUCUCAAGUAUUGAAAAAAAGAUGUCCUGACCUGGAGGGGGACCAGGAGCUGAGAAGGGGUCAGAUCGUUCCAAGGGGAACAGUCAAAGACAGCCCCAAAGCCUGGGUAGCUGUCAGCAUCAAGACCAAAGCAGGGUGGGAAGGAAGGGGGUGGAGGGAGUCCGGUGAAGGACCCAGGAAAAGCCCUGAGCUCCAAAACUUGAGUGAAGUCCCCACUGCUUCCAGCAUCCCCUGCCACCCAUAACCUUGAAUAAGCUCUGAGAACAUAGUCAAAGGCUGUGUGGGAGCCAUGGAGCCAGCUAGCCUUCAUCUCCGAUGCCAGAGCUGAUAGGUCUCAAACAGGGAUUCGGAUGACCGUCAGCCCCAGCCACCCUCAGAGACUUACUACAAAGCAAAUUGUCCAGGCCCAUCCCCAAGCUACUCAGCACAGUGACCACCAUGAUCUCCUGGGUGCUCCUGGCCUGUGCCCUUCCGUGUGCUGCUGACCCGCUGAUUGGUGCUUUUGCUCGAAGGGACUUCCAGAAAGGUGGCCCUCAGCUCGUCUGCAGUCUGCCUGGUCCCCAAGGCCCCCCUGGCCCUCCAGGAGCACCAGGAUCCUCAGGAAUGGUGGGAAGAAUGGGUUUUCCUGGUAAAGAUGGCCAAGAUGGCCAGGAUGGAGACCGGGGGGACACUGGAGAAGAAGGUCCACCUGGCCGGACAGGCAACCGUGGAAAACAAGGACCAAAGGGCAAAGCUGGGGCCAUUGGGCGGGCUGGCCCUCGAGGACCCAAGGGGGUCAGCGGUACCCCAGGGAAGCAUGGCACACCAGGCAAGAAGGGACCUAAAGGCAAGAAAGGAGAACCCGGUCUCCCAGGCCCCUGCAGUUGCGGCAGCAGUCGAGCCAAGUCGGCCUUUUCGGUGGCGGUGACCAAGAGCUAUCCACGUGAGCGGCUGCCCAUCAAGUUUGACAAGAUUCUGAUGAAUGAGGGUGGCCACUACAAUGCGUCCAGCGGCAAGUUCGUCUGCGGCGUGCCAGGGAUCUAUUACUUCACCUAUGACAUAACCCUGGCCAACAAGCACCUGGCCAUCGGCCUGGUGCACAACGGCCAGUACCGCAUUCGGACUUUUGAUGCCAACACAGGCAACCACGACGUGGCCUCGGGAUCUACCAUCCUCGCUCUCAAGGAGGGGGACGAAGUCUGGCUGCAGAUCUUCUACUCGGAGCAGAAUGGACUCUUCUACGACCCCUACUGGACGGACAGCCUCUUCACGGGCUUCCUCAUCUAUGCUGACCAGGGAGACCCCAAUGAGGUGUAGAGAAGCUGGAGCUGAGCCUCCAGGCAGGGACCGAGCUUCUGGGGAUGGGUGCUGACAGAGGAAGACCUCUGGACUGGGACUGGGGUCUGGCAGUCUUGGGAGCUUCUUUUCCCAAGCUGGCCUCCUCUGUUGCUGCUU